UUAAUUGUUGAGUACUUGCUCGGUUAACAGCAGCAUCCGUUCACCAACGCUCCAAAUCCUCAAAGCUUCAGAAAACUCCAAAAUGAAAUUCUUCGUUGCCAUUUUGUUCGUCGCCUUGGUCGGUUGUGCCUUGGCUGCCCCACCCCAGGCUGCUCAGGAAGCCCAGGUGUUGCGUUUCGAUUCGGAUGUACAACCUGAGGGAUACAAGUUUGCUGUCGAGACCAGUGAUGGCAAGUCACACCAGGAAGAAGGCCAAUUGAAGGAUAUUGGCACCGACCAUGAGGCCAUUGUUGUGCGUGGCUCCUACUCCUAUGUUGGUGAUGAUGGUCAACAAUACACCGUGACCUAUGUGGCCGAUGAAAAUGGUUUCCAACCUGAAGGUGCUCAUCUGCCUCGUUUGUAAACAGGGUCUCCUUAGAGCACCCAGUCUCACCUCAUCAUAAGACCAUUUAAAUGCUCAUUGUGUUAACUAGGUUUAAGGUAUUCCAAGUCAUUUUACUAAAUUAAAGUAACAAUUUAUUGUGUGCGUCAAUAAAUGUGAUUUUGUACUUAAAAGACAAACUCAA